UUUACAUUAGUCUAUGCGAUUGGCUUUUUGUUAACCCUUGUCAUCAUCGAAGCUUUUAUAAACGAGAUCUUGCCUUCGUUUGAGCACGACAAGAUCGCAGUAACCAGGCCGUUUACCACCAUAAUGAUAGAUAGAAACCGUUUAGACGAACCUAAGUUAAACAUGAAUAAUACGACACAAAAUAUAAUCUAGAGAUCAACAACCUAAAAUUGAAAAUACCAUGGUGCGCACAAUGUCAAUAUUUCGCUUAAUUGAUAACGUAAUAAACCUCCAAAUGAGCCAGGACGUGUUUCACUUAACUAAACCAUUAUUAAUUGAAAUAUUUAGCUCGCAACUAAUUUUACACCCAUACAUGUUAUAUGGUCAACCUGUUCUCAGUAUUACGUGUAAUUUUUCGAUUCCUACACGCCGAACUGAACAUCAGUGGGUUGCAAUAAACUAUUUCGAGGUAGAUAUUGCAGAUAUUAUGGGAAAGAAAUAAGUGAUACUUGAUCGAUUUUAUUUGAUCUUAUCAAUCCUAAAUAGUAAGAUUUGACCGUGCGAAUCAUUGAUCUUUAUCGAGAAAUUGGUCGUACAAAUUGUCAGAUCUUCUUCGCCUAUGUUCCCAAAGAUGAAUAAGCUCAUAAGCUCCGAUAUUCGAAAGUAUUAUUAGCGGUCAACCCCUAUAUUUAGCCUUUCACAACCGAAAAAUUUCGUUAAUGAGAUUUUUCCAGCAUGAUUCACACUAAAAAAGCCGACAGUCGAAGCCUUACGUGUGUGUGGCAUUGGAUUAACACUUUCAGAUCAAACUUGCAUUUUAAAUCCAUUUAAUUCUUGGUGCAAUGUGUAACAUCAUCCUCCUUAUUUGGAAUUGUACAUUAAACAGCUGGUGAGAACAUCGUUAUGCCCUGGUAAUCACUAAUGACAUUUUCAGAAUUUACAUACGAUCAUGAUAAGUUUUAAACCGUGUUUAAAGAGUGUAAUUACAAGUCAGUGCAUGUUAUAGAACAGUAACUGGUCAGUUAUUGAAGUGUUUCGCCAGGAUUCCUUUCAUAAACAAGUAUCAGAGAGACAUGAACUAAAGUUUGGAUCUCUACCGAGGCGCAGUGUUCAUUACAGGCAGGUAAAGAAGAGAAGAGGGUCGUUUCAUGGGAAAUAUCAUUCGUUCAGUGAUUCACCGUUGUUGUGCUUGUGCAAACUGAAAUGUAAAAUGACGUCAUGGCAAAACGCAAUUAUAAGACAGUGAAAUCACGUAUUCGUGCUCAGCAGGACUGAGACAAAAGCAUUUUCUCAAUGUGUUUAUUUAAAAAAAGAAUAUACAGUAGUUUACUUAGUUCGCCCUGGUCGUCGUCAUCCCCUAUAUUUCUGACUUAUCAAUAAAAAGUAAACUUCUGAACAGCGAAUACACACUGAUGCAGUGUAUGUACUGUUCUGCAAAAUGAAUAUUAAGCGUUUGUGGUUUCAUCUGAUAAACUAAAAAUAUCUAAACUUUGGCUUUCUAGUGUGUGAAUAAGAAGAUUUUUGAUAAAGAAGUAGAUGAAAAUCCUGCCUUUGUUAACUGUAAGAUUUGCAAUGCGUAAUGACAUGAUAAAUCUAUGAAAAUUAUCGCUAUUAGGAAUCGUCAUCGAGUAAAUAUUGUCUAACCACUAUGGCAUAGUUGUAUUCCUGCUAUAGAAAUAGGAUUUUCAAUCAAACCAUCGGAUCAGUGAUAUUUUAAAUAGUUGUAUUCAUGUUUAAGAAAAUAGCAUAAGCCAGUCAAUGCACGAAAAGAAUGCGAGUUUUUUUUACAGCUGUUAAAUGUUAAACAGCUGUCUCCAAAAGAUCUUGGUUGGUAACUAUAAAUACAAUGAUUUUUAGACAAUAGUUUAUUAAAUGGCACAGGGUGAUGUUGGUGGCUUCAGUUGGGGCUACGCAGGAUCGCUUUUGUAAGCUAAUUCUGUACAGUACUACGGUGAUCAGAGAGUUGCACCGUCAUCGCGAAGACAUACACUUUGUCGCAAAGACCACAACGUAUAGGUUUAUAUAAUCCAAGAAUGGAGGGAAAAAAUGGCAUUUCCUCAACGACACCGGGGAAGAAAAAAGAAAGUAAAUCUUUCAAAAAACUUGUACACAAUUUUAUGGGUUACACGUCAGCACACGGCAUCGGGCGUCUGGCUGAUGCUAAAAACCUGUUCUGGAAAAUUUUUUGGUCGCUGGUUUGCAUGGGAGCAUUAUCCAUGUUUCUUUAUCAGUUUAUUGGGUUGUUUAAGCAAUUUGUAUCCAAACCUGUCACGACGUCGGUCUCAAUCACGUUUGAGAAGCGCCUUCCCUUUCCAGCAGUUACCAUUUGUAAUCUAAACAUGGUUCGAAGGGAAGCAAUGCCCCCAGAGUUGGAGAAGUUUCUCAAAAGUAGAGUGGGCUACUCUAAAUCUUCGAAUGAAACAGAGAAUACUGGUGAAAAUAGGCGAAGACGUAGCAGUGGAGAUUCUGGGGGUCCCCAGACGAACUACAGCAGUACAACUGUGGUACCUACCCCUGGGGAUCCCCAGACGAACUACGACAGUACAGCUGUGGUACCUCUCACUGGGGAUUCCCAGACGAACUACGACAGUACAGCUGUGGUACCUACCCCUGGGGAUCCCCAGACGAACUACGACAGUACAGCUGUGGUACCUACCCCUGGGGAUUCCCAGACGAACUACGACAGUACAGCUGUGGUACCUCCCGCUGAGACGGGUAAUGAUGAUGAUGACGCCACAAACCCGCAAACCAAAGAAAGUGAUCACGAUGAUGAUCUUUAUAAUAACAAUGACGAAUACUCGCAAUAUCGUGAGGACGUCAAUGAUCAUAACUCUGAUUAUUAUGAAGAGAAUGAGGACGACGAGUUCCCGGAUGAAAAGGAAUUAAGCCCGGAUGUUAGGUUACGUUACGAAAUAGAUAAUUUAAUUGGAACAUUGGAAGAAGAUGAACUUUAUUGGAACGGACAUUUAUUUGAAGUUUUAAUCAAGAAUUGUACCUGGAAAGGCGUUGACUGUAAAACUGGAAAUUUAAGCAAAUACUGGAGCCAACAUUGGAAUUACAAAUAUGGGAAUUGCUACACGUUCAAUCCCGGGAUUAAUUUCCACGGCGAGAACAUUGGCGUUUUAAAAACAACAAAACCUGGGCCGUCCCAAGGUCUCCAGUUGGAAAUUGAUGUUCAGCAAGAUCAAUACAUAGGACCUCUCUCAGCCGAAGCUGGAGUUCGUGUCUUACUUCAUGAUCAGGGAGCGAUGCCUUUUCCUUUUGAAGAGGGUUUUAGUGUAUCAACAGGAAUGGCGACAUCAGUUGGUAUCAGCAAGACGAAAAUUGCGAGAUUAGAUAGGUUCAACAACAAAAGCUGUCUGUCAGCAAAUGAACUCCCAAUGACUAAUAUCUACCGACGUCACAAGAACAUCACAACUUACUCACAGCAGGCCUGUCUAAACUCUUGCCUUGGGUUAAGUCAAAGGAUACGAUGUAAAUGUUCUGAGAAUUCUUUUCCGUCAGAUAAGCCUCCAUGUGACGUGUUUAAUCCGGAAACCAGUAAAUGUCUGAAGGUUGUGAAGUAUCUUUUCAACAACGAUAAGCUGUCAUGUCUUGGUGACUGCAGUCAACCGUGCGAGGAAGAAGUAAUUCAGAAGACAAUCAGCUCAUCUCAAUGGCCAUCAAAGGCUUAUAAGGAAUAUCGUACUCAUCAAAACAAAGACUAUAACCCAAGCAUCAAUAUGUUGCAGUUGAACGUGUUUUUUAACGAGCUAAACUAUGAAAAAAUUGAGGAGCAAUUUUCGUAUGGGACCAUCAAUCUCCUCGCUGAUGUUGGCGGACAAUUGGGUCUGUGGAUUGGAAUUUCUGUGAUCACAGUUUGUGAACUUAUCGAGUUAAUUGUGAUGUUUUUCACGGUGUGUGUGAAGAAAAUUAAUGCAGCGAGCGAAGUUCACGAGAUACCUGCCUAUGGAUAAAAUAUCAGCAGUGACAGUGUGGAAUCAAUCUUCAGCUUAUCAUUCAAACAGUACCAAGGUGAAAACACGGAUAAAUAGAUUGUUCAAUAAAGUAUUUAUGCAUUUGCGGGAUUUAAAAACCCGACAUUAGCCAAGGUAUUCUUCAAACUAUGUUAAUCAGUUCAGGUUGUAGUUUUGACAGAAAAAGCUGCCAUAUCCGGUGCAUGUAUAAUCGAUCCACUAGUUGCGAAGGUGGUAAGAUCUUCUACUAUACAGUAGACUGUAAAAUAGGGAAAUAAAGCUGUGUAAUAGAUAAUGUAUAUUUUACCAGCACAAUAUGGUAUCUGUAUUUAUGGUAAACAUUUCAUUAUUUUCAUAUUAUAUCAUAUAGUGUGCC